UAAAAGUUUUACAAAAUAUGAAAUUGAUAAUAAAGGAAAUUUCAAAUUUUCUCUUCCAAAUGUGCAUAUUUGUGGGAAGAUUAUGUUAUUCAAAAUAUAAUACAGAGUGAUAAUAUUUGGUGGCAACAAUUUGAAAAGUGAAACAACACUUUUAGUGAAUUGAUGCAAAAAUGAAAUUAAUAGUCCUACUGGGCAAAUUGCCCCUUUGGACUUAUCAUCAGUAACUUCAGUGGAUACAAUAAAUCAAACCACUUGGCCUUUUUAGAAGUAGUAGUUAUAGACUUCACAUUUGCCUCAGGAAAACUGAUUGUCACAAAGUAGAUAGGUUUCAUCUGUCUACUCUGUAACAAUUUGGAACUGAUCUGUUACUGUUUCAGUAUUGUAAUACACACAAACAUCGAAACUGAAUGAUUUGAGAAGAUGGGAAUAAUGAACUGAGGUACCUGGUUCAAAAUCCAGUAUCAACCCAUUUCAGCAUCCUUGGAAUUAAUUGGUGUGUUGGGUGGGUGCUAGAUCAGAUGUCCUAGAAUCAAUAUAAAAUUUGUUUUGCAUCAUAUGCUGCUGGGAAAAUGGCACAAAAGACCUACAUAUAUAUAACAAAAGUUUAUGGAAAAUCUUUCUAAAAGGGAUUUUUAAUGGGAUCUAGUGACUUAAUUGCACAAACAGCAAUUGAAAAAUGUGAACUGAAAGGAAUAGAAAUCUCCAGAGUUGCAAGAUUUGCAUUUCUUGGUGCUUGUUUUGUGGGUCCUGUUUUGCGUGUCUGGUACAAUGUUUUGGAGAAAGGCAUAGGUACGAUUGGCCGAACAGCUGGUUUAAAAAAGAUGUUAAUUGAUCAAUCCAUAUUUUCACCUUGUUUUAUUGGAUGCUUUCUGACUGUGUCUGGUUUACUCCAGUUACAACCAUGGCAUAAAAUAGGAGAAAAAAUUAAAAAGGAUUAUUUUGUUAUCUUGAAGACGAAUUACUUGCUGUGGCCUGCUGCCCAACUUAUCACAUUCUAUGUUAUUCCUCUUGAACUGAGAAUUGUCUUUGUCAGCUGUGUUGCAUUGGUCUGGAAUACAUUCCUUGCAUGUCAAGCUAAUAAGAAUAUGUCUACAAAUUAAGAUUUCCAAAAUAUUGUAAAUGGUAUAUUCCAUUUAAAAAUUCCAGCAGAUGAAAAGUUUUAGCAGUCAAAUUACUAUACAUAUGUUAAUUAGAGCUGAAUUUCUAACACUUAUUAUAAUUUAACAUUUAGGUAAAAUGAAGCAGUAUUGUAUGUAAAACAAGUAUGUAGGAUAAACAAUUACUGAAAUUUAAAUUUAUAUUUGUAAAUAAUUGCUGAUUGCAAGCUGCUAUUUUUGCCAGUUCAAAUUUUCAUCAAUAAUAUGUGAAUUUUUGUCUGAUGAGCCUGAGAUUUUAUGACAUUGAAGAAUUGUAGCUUAAGGAAAUUACUUUAAAAUCUUUUGCAAUUAAAAAUUUCAGGUAUCACAGAUGUCAAAAUCUGCAAAUAUUUAAAAUGUAUUAAUAAAUUAUGAAGAUUAAUCAACUUUUCAUUAUAUAGAAAAUAAAAUCUGGAUCAGUUUUGCCAGAUUCACCCAGAUAUUAGUUCUGUUGGCAUCAACAAAUCCAUAAUUCUUCCUUUCUUGAAACAGAAUGUAUCUUCAUUAAUCUUUUAUUUAACAGAGAAUCUUCUUUAAUGUAGUUACAAUAAAAUUUGAUUGUUAUACGAGACUGAUUGUAACAAAAACCUUUUUAAAUAAAGAAUAACCAUUUGAUAUUUUCAUAAA